CUCCCUUGCAUCAUGAGAAAGCCUCCACACGACACCCCCUGAACCGACGGCGGCCAAGAUGGUUGCGCAGCCGCUCCUGUCUUUCGUGGCGGUGCUGAUCUCCGUCCUCCCCUCUCUCUCCCCUGGCCCACCACGGCAGCUUACACUCACAGUACAGGCCACCCGAACGCGGGACAGGGCAUCGAUUGGCGCGCCCUUCCUGGGCUUCCACCCGCUGUCCUUCCUGUCCUCGUGGGCGCUGAGGACACGCCGCAGGCCAGAGAGGAGGAACUCACUCGCACCUACUCCAUUGUCGUUCGUGAGAGCCAGCCCGGAUCUCAAGAACGUGUCGCAGCCAACGGUAGGAGGGGCCUCUGCAGGCAGGCACAUAAGCAUAUGCGGGCUCUCUGUGUGAUUCUGGGUGAUUGCUUUGUCAGGCUGGGGCUUCUGAGAAGGGCGAGGCGGCGACUAACAAAGAGACGAAGCCGGCAGAUGCAACCAAGCCGGUCAGAUGAGAUGGAACGUCUUGUGGUUAUGUUCUUCGCUGUGCCUCUGUGUUACCGAUACGUCAGGCGGCGGCGAGCAAGGAGACGAAGCCGGCUGAAGGCGAGAAGCCUCCGGUAAUCAACCCUCCCUCUGAAAUCCCUCCUGUCGGUCAGGGCAAGGAGCCCACCCCUCAAGCCACUGAAUCAGCCACUAGCCCUGCGGCCAUCCAACCAGAAGCACCCCAACUACCCAAACCAUCCCAGCCACAACCACAACCACAGCCACAACCACAACAGCCGACCAAUGCCAGUGCGUCAGCCCCACCCCCAGUGGUCAACAGGACAGUGCAGGCCAUGAGCUACCAGGAGACGGAGCCCUACGCCGAGGAGGAGCCCUACUUCUACGAGAACAGGGACCCCAGCACGCUCUACCGUCGCGAGAUCCCCGAGAACGUGCCGCCUCACGUCCAGGAUGGCGGGCUGCUGCUGCCGCGGCCCGUGAGCACUGCGUUUGACCCCGGGACGCCUGACCGGUUCAAGACGAGCUACAUUCGGUUGUCGGACAGCCGACAUUUGAUGCGGAGUAUAGAGCGUGAGCUGGACAACACAAUGGCCUCCAUCCGUGUGGUGGAGCACAUCUCGGAUCAGCUGCAGAAGUGAGUGAGUGAGUGCAGUGAGCCGGACCAGGGAGGGGUGUGGGGUAUGAGAGCCUCUCAUUGUUGUGUCUCUGUGUUAUGCAGGGCCACGGAGGAGAUGCAGGCCGACGUUAAGCAUGACAUCCACGCUAAGUAAGAGGCAGGCAAGGCAGCACAGACAUUGCAAUGACCAUCUGUGUCUCCAUUUCUGCUCUCAUUUGUUCUUUCAGGACGGCGGUCUUCGAGGGGGCGUCGAAGGUAGGUUAGAGGCAGAGUGAAUGAGUCCAUCUCAGGUGUGUGUUUGUUGUGUCUGGUCUCUACUGGAUGGAUCAUGUGCAGGUUGAGGAGGGCAUCAAAGAGGCGACGGAUAAGUUCUCCAAGACGGCCGAGGACUUGGGACACACUUAAUGAUUGUCUGAAGCUGAUGGAAUCAUG